AUGGCCCCCAACGCAGUGCAGGCCUCUUCGGCCCCCGGCCAGGCGGUCGAGGAGACAAAGGCCGGCGGCAAGCAUGCCCACGGCACCCACAACUACCCCGACGCCCUCACUCACAUCGACAAGACCACCUGGGACGUUGUCAUCAUUGGCGCCGGCCCCGCCGGCCUGAUGCUCGCCACGUCGCUGGCGCGCUUCGGCGGCCACGACGUCCUGGUCGUCGACGAGCGCUCCGAGCCCACCACGGCCGGACGCGCCGACGGCAUCCAGCCCCGAACCAUCGAGGUGCUCCGCAACAUGGAGCCGCUGGGCUCCGAGUUCUUUGAGCGCAGCGCCCCCUCGUACGAGCGCACCUUCUGGGACCCGCGCAGCGACGGCCAGCGCGGCAUCGAGCGCACCCGCCGCGUCCAGUCCUUCCCGACCAACAUGGAGAUCCAGGACAACUGCACCCUCGGCCUGCAGCAGGGCCUCAUCGAGGGCGGCUACCUGCGCGACAUGGAGCGCCACGGCCAGCGCGUCACCCGCCCCUGGGCCUACAAGGACUUCCAGAUGGGCUCGGGCUCGCACCCGGUCACGGUGACGCUCGAAAAGAUGAAGCCGGUCAUGGAGACGACCAACGAGGGCGGCGCGCCCAUCAGCGUCAUCAAGCCGACGGGCGAGACCAAGACGAUCAAGACAAAGUACCUCGUCGGCUGCGACGGAGGCCGGUCGCGCGUCCGCAAGACGAUGGAGGACCGCCACGCCGUCACCUUUGACGGCGACUGGGUCGACACGCUGUGGGCCGCGCUCGACUGCGUCGUCGAGACCGAUUUCCCCGACGUCCGCAAGAUUGCCGCCAUCCACUCCAAGAACCACGGCGCCCUCUACAUCUUUCCCCGCGAGAACAACGAAAAGGGCGAGCCCAUCAUCCGCUGCUACACCCAGGUCAACCGCCUCGAGGGCGAAAAGUCCAAGGAGAGCGCGCUCGACGCCCGCGACAAGGUCACCUCGGACAUGGUCAUGAAGGCCAUCAAGGAGAUCGCCUACCCCUACCACUUUGACUUCAAGGGCAUCGAGUGGUACACCCCCAAGGCGGGCCAGGGCAUGAACACGGCCAUCAUCGACUCGCAGGCGCUGGCCUGGAGGAUCAACCUGGUGGAAAAGGGCCUGGCCAAGCGCGACGUCCUCCUGUCGACGUACCACGACGAGAGGCACGCGACGGGCAAGCAGCUCAUCGACUUUGACUCCGAGUACUCGGCCCUGUUUAGCGGAGAGGUGCCCAAGAACACGCCCGAGGUGGCCAACAUGACCGAGGCCCAGAAGCGCGAGCACUUUAUCGACAUCCAGCGCAGGAACGCCGCCUUCACCACGGGCGCCGGCGUCUUUUACGCCGACAACGUGCUCAACUACCGCGACCCUUCGAAGCUCGGCGUGUCCAAGGUGACGGACCGGCUGCAGCCGGGCGCGCGCCUGCUGCCGGCGUGGGUGACGCGGUGGUGCAACAGCCAGCCGGUCCGCCUGAUCCACGAGAUCCAGUUCACCGCGCCCGGCGGCUUCCGCAUCUACGUCUGCGCCGGCGACCUGGCCAAGAACCGCAGCAAGCUGCAGGACCUCUCCAGGCACCUCUCCUCGUCGUCGUCGUUCCUCCACCGCUUCCGCCCCAACGCCAAGGCGCACCACCUCGCCCACGGCGCCUACCACCAGCGCCCCGAGGCGCUCAACACGGGCCUGGGCAAGGGCUUUGCCGAGGAGGCCAACCCCUUCUUCCACCUGCUCCUCAUUGUCAAGCAGAACCGCUUCCGCAUCGAGCUCGAAGAGAUUGCCGACCUUGGACCGCUGCGCGCGAUGCUCUAUACCGACGACGUCGAGCAGGGCGGCCAGAGGAUCGGCGACGAAGACGGUGACGAGAGCAUCGGCGGCCUCCACACCAAGUGGGGGCUCGACGACGGCGGCAUCGUUGUCUGCCGCCCCGACGGCUACGUCGGCGCCGUCUUCCCGCUCGACCAGGGCGCCAAGGGGUGGAAGGCCAUCGAGAAGUACUUUGACGGCUUCCUUGAGGAGCAGAACGCCGUCAUCGCCGCCGCCGCCGUCCCGAGGCUCUGA